AUGGGGAAAAAGAACGGUUCUUCUUGGCUUACCGCCGUGAAGCGAGCUUUCCGAUCUCCGACUAAGAAAGAACAUAACAAUCCUCACGGUACUGAAAUCGAAGAAGAUGAGGAAAAGAAGAGAGAGAAGAGACGGUGGUUAUUCAGAAAACCGGCGACUCAUGAAUCUCCGGUGAAGCCUUCCGGUGUCACUCCGACACCACCGCCGCAAGAAUCAGAUAACGCAAACUCGAAAACUUCCCCUGAGACUAACACAACAACGACGCAAUCCAACGCCGGAAAAACAUCCGUCGCCGCCGCCACGUCAGCAUCUCCGACGGUCUUACCGAAAGUCACGAGGCGGGUUUACUACGCGAGAGAGAAUUACGCUGCUGUUGUUAUCCAAACUUGUUUCAGAGGAUAUUUGGCAAGAAGAGCAUUAAGAGCAUUAAAAGGAUUAGUGAAGCUACAAGCAUUAGUAAGAGGUCAUAAUGUGAGAAAGCAAGCUAAGAUGACUUUAAGGUGUAUGCAAGCUCUGGUUCGAGUCCAGUCUCGUGUGCUUGACCAACGCAAACGCUUGUCUCAUGAUGGUAGUCGCAAAUCCGCAUUCAGCGAUUCCCACAGUGGUUUUGAAUCUCGUUACCUUCAAGACGUUUCAGACCGACAAUCAAUGUCAAGAGAAGGAAGCAGCCUCGCGGAAGAUUGGGAUGAUCGACCACACACGAUAGACGAAGUGAAAGCGAUGCUGCAACGGAGAAGGGACACAGCAUUGAGACAUGAGAAGACUAAUUUCUCUCAGCAGAUGUGGAGAACGGUCGGUAACCAAUCCGCGGGAGAGGCAGAACUCGAGGAAGAAAGACCAAAAUGGCUUGACCGGUGGAUGGCUACUAGACCAUGGGAUAAACGAGCUAGUAGUAGAGCUUCAGUUGACCAAAGUGUUCCGGUUAAAACGGUGGAAAUUGACACUUCUCAACCUUACUCAAGAACAAGAACCGGAAGCCCGUGCCGUAGUCAAAGGCCUAACUCCCCAUCAAGACCUAGCCACCAUUACCAAUCCCGCAAUAAUUUCUCAGCCACUCCAUCUCCGGCUAAGUCUAGACCAAUCCAUGUCCGGUCAGCUAGUCCGCGGUGCCAGAGAGACCCGAGGGACGACAGGGACCGAGCAUCUUAUAGUUACACGUCAAACACACCUAGCUUGAGAUCUAAUUACAGUUUCACAGCUAGAAGUGGAUGUAGCAUUAGUACCACUAUGAUCAAUAACGCAACAUUGUUGCCUAAUUACAUGGCAAAUACGGAGUCGGCUAAGGCGAGGAUCCGGUCCCACAGCGCACCGAGGCAACGACCUUCGACUCCCGACAGGGAUCGUGCGGGUUCGGUUAAGAAACGGCUCUCAUUUCCGGUCCCGCCACCACCGGAGAACGAGGACAAUAAUAGCUUGAGGAGUCCAAGCUUUAAGAGUGUGGCUGGUUCACAUAUAGGUGGAUUGUUGGAACAACAAUCGAAUUACUCUUCGUGUUGCACUGAGUCUAUUGGUGUUGAGAUAUCUCCAGCUUCUACUAGUGAUUUUAGGCAUUGGCUUCGAUGA